AUGGCUAGUCAUCAAUGCAAUGUUACGGUGCCACAGUCAGAAAAAGUGUCUUCGGUGCCAACAUCAUCUUCUACAGAAAUCAGCCUUUCCAGUUGCGCUUUGCCACAACAGUCUCGUGCUAACACUGCCAAAAAGCAUUUCUUCUUCUCCACUAGCAAUAUUCAUUUCUGGACUAUCGGACGAUCCACAAAAAAGACAUCCGAAGAGGCAUUAGCAAAUUCCGCUGCUGAUAUUGUAAAUCAUGGUGAUCAACUGCGUUAUAUUAAAGAGGAGCGGAAUACAUUGCGCAAGCGUCUAUACGAGUGUUCAUUACGCAAUAGUGAGCGCAGUUUGCAGCUGAUGCGAACGAGCUGUACAGAUGAACAACGACAACAACAGCGAGAGCAACUGCAGGAUAUUCGAAGUGCCGCUAUCCAGAUACGGCAUAUGUCGGAACCAGAUGUAAAUAUGGUAAGCGAUCGUACAGCGCAAGAGCGUUAUUUACAGUUCCUGUCAAGAAGGAGUGAUGGUUUUAUGCAUGAAACCAAUGGUGAUAUCGAUAAGGGUGAUAAGACAGAACAGGACAACAGUAGUGAGUGGAAGGAAUGGAUGAGAAAUCAACCAAUCAGUGUCCUUAGAUUAGAUCGAACGGAACGACUAGUCUUAAAAAUUGGAGGU